GAAUGGGUGCCGAAGUUAAGUAGCAACACGUCGUCCUCAUAAGAAUGCAACUGGCCAAAUGUGUUUCUUUAAUGGUCUAAAUUUACUAUAAACUAUCAUGUUUAUGUCCAUUCGGUGUUUGUCUGUCCGCGCGUGUAGGCAAAUAGCCCCAAACGGUCCUUGCGUUUUCUUGCUACCGUUAGCACGCUAGCAUCUGCUACUGUUAGCUCGUUAUCGCGCGUGGCAACGACAUAUAUUCAAACGUUGAGGUAAUAUAGUUAGUGCGUCUUCUAGCUUCGAGACGCUCUGACGUUGGCGGUGAUUGAGAUAUAACAAAAUUAGGACGAUAGGUUGCAUGUUUGAACAGUGUUAAGAUUGUUUGAAUGUCCAUUUGUUGUAUAAGUUGCCAUGUGUUUGGUUUAAGUGGUUACGUUUAUAAAGUCAAUAAACCUACGGCCGCCAUUUUAAUUUCUUUACGGCAGAAAUGCAUGGCGUCUUUCUCCGUGGAGUUCUUCAAUAACAACGGGGAACGUCUAACAACCUGGUGGUUUUAUUAGCGUCAAAGUAAUUUCUGUUUAGAAAAUUAGGUAUUUGAGGCUAACUCAGUCAUGUAUUCAUAUUUAAUGAAAAUGUUCAGUGGCUGUAAAUUCAUAUGCAUAUGAACACACACAGUUUUUGAGUCAUUACAAACGAUUUCUUUUUACAUGCACGUUUUUGGUUGACUGAUUUUCUGAAAAUACGAGACUCGGGGGAUUCGGAAGUCUGUUUAAUGUUCGAUAAAUGUAUUUUUGUAUGCCUCAAUAAGGCAUUGCAAUCUGUAUGAGUGGUUUGUAUGUGAUCUCACUGCACACAUACAUUCUCACCGUGAGAACCCUGAAGGCCGUGAUUGAGUAGUUUGAUAAUAUGUUUGAAUUACACCAUUUUUCAUGAAAAUUGGCUGAUCAUGAGAGGAGCAUCUCUGGUUCUGACCAUUUUGCGGAUGUGUAAAAGGUGUGUUGUGGGUUCUGUGGAAGUUUGAACAUUUUCUCCAAACAUAAGAAGAUUCACGUUUGUAUGCUGUAUUGUAUCUUAUUUUUGAUUGGUAGAGUUUGUGUGCAAGAAAUAUUUUAAAUUCUCAAACCAAAAUAUUUGUUUGUAUUUAAAAAUAAUAUAUUUUUAAAAUUUUUACAUUUGAUGGAAAUGUAUGUUCAAGUAUAGUAACUGAUUUCUCUCUCUCUCUCUCUUCCUCUCUAUGCAGUUGAAUUGCUUUGAUCAGGUAAGGUGUGGAUUAUGAUUAUUUAAUUUCACUAAUGGCAUCAGACAGAUUUAUAAUUUUUGCAGCAACAAAAUAAUUCUUUCUUCAUCCUCUUGAUUUUUACUGGAUUUUGAAAAUACAAGACUAAAGGAGAUUGGAAAGUAGGUUUUGGUGUUACAUAGAAAGGAACCUGAAAAAAUACUUUAACAAAGAUUCGAGGGUUUUUUUUUGUGGGAGAGAUUUGGCAUACAUUACAACGUUUGUUGUGGUGGUGCUUUACACAUUGUCCAAACUGUUACUUCCCAAUUUGAACACUAGGUGUCACCCAAGUGACGUUAAAAAACUGUUUCAGUGUAAACAAUAAAAGAAAUAUAAAAUCGAUUAUCCAAAUAACUGCAAGAGUCAAACUUGUUUGUCAACAUUAUAAUUUCAUACAUCAAUCCCUCCCAUUUUGAAACAUUUUACGGCCAUUGAAUACCUGCCGAGCUAGACUGCAAUGCUUUUUUCAUCGCCACUGCAUGUCCUUCAAAAACAAGUGGUAGCUUGUUCAAUUUUCAACGACUUUUAUGGGGCAGUCUUUUUACUUCUGCUAUCAUUACAAAGCAUAUAUAGAUACGUUCUAUUUUUUUUUCUUUGAGAUGCUGAUUUCUAACAUUGUGACUCUUCAGUCGUGUUGUGUGCAAAUAGCGACUAGUCCUCAAAUUUAUUUUUCAUUGGUUCGGAUGGGUUUGUAUGGUGACAGGAGCAUCCCCAGUUGUGACCACUGUGUGGAUGUGUUUGAAGUGAAUCAUAUUCAAAUGUUUAUGUUCUGAUUUUGCUUAAUUUUGGUUAAGUAGAUUGUGUGCUAAAAAUAUUUAAAAUAUCAAAAUGUCUAUAUUUUAAAUAGUCCUGCAACAUUUUGUACGUUUUUUGUACGCAGAUGUAUGUUCAAGUUCAAUAACUGAUUCUCUUUUUGUCUCUGUUUGCAGAGUUCAUUCGCUUUGACCAAAGGCUGCCGACUGAGUCCCCCCCCCCAACCCUCUUUAUUGCUGCUCCACUUUUUGUCUCUGACUUCUUUCACUCACUGUCUAUCUUGGAUUGACAAGACGCAUUGUGGUGGACGUUGACUGAUCCCUGUGGGCUGGAUCAGACAUUGACGAAUCAGACGUGGACUUUGAUCCCUGUGUUGAGGAUCAAACUUUUUUUUUGAUCCUUGUGGUGUGGAUCAGACAUUGACUUGAUCCCUGGUAUCUGGAUCAGACCUUGACUUGAUCCUUGCCUGGAUCGGACCUUGACUUGAUCCCUUGCGGUGCGGGAUCUGAUUGAAAAAAAAAACCUGCCUUGGGAUUGGCAUUGAAAUAUAACCCUGUUGUGGGCUGUGCAUUCAAAAUAUAACCCGUUGUGGGCUGUGCAUUGAAAUAUAACUUCUUGGACCUGGGCCUAACUGUGAAAUAUUACUACCUCUUGUGCGAGAUCCAAUUGACAAAAGUGCAAGACACGAGCCAUGCCACGCAAAAGCAAGAAGGCGCAAGCUGCCAAGGUAAGAUGGCAACAGCGUAAAAACAACACAGACUCUGGAAGUGCAGAUAAACCAACAACUGCCAAACAAUUGAUGGCCACUGAACCUGGAAACUCUACGGAGGUAAUGAUGUCUACAUCUCAUGAUCCUGUAACAUGUGUUUUGGCAUCCUACAGUCAAGAUCAUCCAAAGUAUGCUGAUUCCAGAAACAGUCAGUGUGCUGCAAACUCUGCUACAUUUCUAGCUUUCCUGCAGGAGACAGACAAUGUGACAAGUGCUCACCUGGACUUUGUUCUCGAUCGAGGCAAUGAGCUCUAUGUGGCUACUGUGGCUGUGCUGAAAGCAGAAGGACGAUACGAACAUCCUCAUUUGGCAACCGAUGAAAUUCCAUCCAUUGUGAAUGGCUUUCACAAAACACAUGUGUUAAUAAAGUAUCAGUCAAUGUAUGGUCUUUUCAAUUCCUCUAUUGCUGAUGUGGCAUUUAUGAUGCUCUGUGACGGACUUCAGUGCCUGGUGUCAGAGGUAAAUUAUGCUCUUUUGGUUAUGAAUUCAUUGUUUAUUGCUGUUUUCCGAAACCAACAAGGAAGAUAUGGCUAUUUUGAUCCACACGCCAGAGACCGUGAUGGUCUCCCUCCGCCCUCCGGUGCACCACAUGGUACAGCUGUCAUGAUGCUUUUUACAUGUUUGAACGAUCUGAUAGAUAAGCUCAUACAGGUGUUCACUCUGGCUGGUGCCGCUCCCACUACUCAAUAUGAAUUGAUGCCGGUAAGUUUUCAACCUAUUGACAAUGCAAGUGACCGUGAAAUGGCGACUGAUGCAGAAGCUUCUCCAAUGACAACACACAAUGAUGACGCUAUGUUAAGCCAGUCUGCUGCUGAGAUGACACACAACAGUACGGUGGUAUGUACACAACAACAAAAAACACGAGAUGUGUUGAAAAUUGCGAGAUCCAAAAGGAGAACAUUUGCAAGACGAACUCAAGCUUACAACAUAAUUGACAAAGCUAUGGCGAGAGUCACAAAACAAGAAACAAGGCGAAUAAACGCAAACCUGAAAAAGAAGGAACGUUACAGCCAAACUCCAGAGAUUAGACAACGUAAAAAGUCUUACAUAUUGACUCGCUACCAGCAAGAUCCUAAUUUCCGUGUAAAACAGAAGUCGUUUGCAGUCGACAAUAGCAAACAUGACACAAUUAAGAUGAAACAGCGUUCUUACACCAAACAGAAAUAUAGUCAUGAUGUUGAGUAUCGGACCAAAAAACGUUCCUAUAUCAAUCAGAGAUAUGGUCAUGACGAACAAUUUCGGAACAAACAACGUUCCUAUAUCAAUCAGAGAUAUGGUCAUGACGAACAAUUUCGGAACAAACAACGUUCCUAUAUCAAGCAGAGAUAUAGUCAUGACGAUCAAUUUCGGAACAAACAACGUUCCUAUAUCAAACAAAGAUAUGGUCAUGAUGAUGAAUUUAGGCGUAAACAACGUUCUUAUAUCAAAGACCGUUACGCACUUGAUCCUGCAUUCAGAUCCAAGCAGAAGGAGAACUCAAGUUUGCUUUGGAAAGCCAAACAUGAUUCAUCAAUGAAGGCAAAUGCUCAUCGCACUGCAAUGAAAGUACUACAAAAAUACAGAGUCAUUAACAGAUUAUGUAAAGAGAGAAACAAUUGCGCAAUCAUGAAAGCUGUUGCGCUAUUCAAAGUUCAGGUAAAAAAUGGACCGACUUUUGUUUGCACAGUUUGCCACAGAGCAUUAUUUCCCAAUCAAGUACGCCAGCUGACCAAAUAUAAGAAAAACAAGGACGUUGUUGCAAGUUGCCUUACACGAAGGUUUGUUCAUGUUUGUAAUCGUGAAUGUAACACAUGCUGCAAAGUACCGGAUGAGAGAAAAAUGGAGUGGAUAUGUCACACCUGCCAUGCACAUCUCAAAGAUGGUAAAAUGCCAGCACUUGCUGUAACUAACAAUCUCCAACUUGCAGACAUUCCCGCUGAACUGUGUGAUCUAAAUAUUCUGGAAAGACAUCUCGUUUCAAAAUGCAUUUCAUUUGCCAAAAUCGUCCCUCUGCCAAAGGGUCAACAACGAGCCAUCCGUGGGAAUGUUGUGUGUGUACCAUCAGAAGUGGAAGAAACGGUCAAUGUCUUGCCCAGACUAAGAAGUAGGUCUCAGGUGUUGAGAGUGAAACUGAAAAGACGACUUUGUUACAAAGGACAUCAGAUAUUUCAAACUGUCACUUGGUCCAAGUUAAUGAGUGCCCUGAUAAAACUGAAACAAAUUCAUCCGCAGUACAGAAACAUCACCAUUCGCGACGAUGCUGACCUUUGUGACCCGACGCUCACUGAUGAUGACAGCGGCUCUGAUGAAGAUGAAAUGAACGAGAGUGACUACAAUGAGGAAGACCUCGAGGCAAUCCACGCAUUUGAGAGGGAUGCUCUCUGUGAAUUGAACAGUGACUCACAGAACGAUGCACGUGGUAAUGUGCAGCAACAACAGUGUGCUGAAAAUGUGGAAGAAGGUGAUGCACCAAACGGUGGGGUUAUCCUGGAGUCAUGUCUCCAACCAAAUGAUGUGUCAGAGGAAAUUAUGAGUUUUACUCAAGGCAUUUACUGUGUGGCUCCUGCAGAAAGAAAUAACCCCGUAAGCUUUUUCAGGACUCCCAAACUUGAGGCCAUGGCAUUUCCAGUGCAAUUUCCAACUGGACAAAACACCCUUGAUGAAGACAGACAAAUAAAAGUAACACCAAGCAAAUAUUUCAAAACACGUCUGUGUUGUGUGGAUGAACGUUUUGCUCGUGAUACAAACUACUUGUUCUUUGCUCAGUUUGUGACUGAAAUUUACCUGGCAACAUCAAGCAUGAGAAUCCAGCUACGCAAAGGUAAACCUUUUACCAGGGAUGGUCGGAGGAUAAACAAUGCUAUGCUGCAGGACAAACGUGAAGUUGAAAAACUGGUGCGCAGCAAGGAUGCAGUCCGUUUCAUGACGCCCCUGAGAGGCACGCCAGCCUAUUGGGAAAGAACCACCAAAGAUCUUUUUGCAAUGAUCCGACAGCUGGGUACACCCACAUUCUUUUGCACAUUUUCUGCUGCCGAAAUGCGUUGGGAAGAGGUUAUCACUGCCAUUAAAGCGCAACAAGGUGAGGUGGUGAAUUUUGCUGAACUUGACUGGGCCACGAAGUGUGAAAUUCUGCGCAGCAAUCCUGUGACGACAAUGCGCAUGUUUGACAAACGUGUGGAAGCUCUGUUCAGAGAUUUGAUCCUCUCUCCGGCACGACCGAUUGGUGAAGUCGUCGACUACUUUUACCGAUUGGAGUUUCAGCACAGAGGAAGUCCUCACAUUCAUUGCCUCAUAUGGGUUAAAGAUGCCCCUGUAUUUGAGGAAGCCUCAGAAGGAGCCAUCUGCGAUUUUGUGUCCCGCUACAUCUCGGCUCAGCUGCCGGACCCAGAAAAGGAACCCGAGUUGUAUAAAAAAGUCACAGAAGUUCAGAUGCACAGCAAAGGUCACACCAAAACGUGCGUCAAACACCAAGGUGCAAACUGCCGAUUUGGUUUUCCCAGACCACCGUGCGAAACCACAAUGAUCAUCACACCUGUAGCCUGUGAAAAUCAAGAUCAACACAAGGAGAAGCAGGUGGUGGCAAAUGACAAGCUUGUUCGUGUGCAGCGUUUGCUGAAUGAACCCGAAACCUCAUCCCUGACUUUGCCGCAGCUUUUGGCUAAAUGCGAGCUCACUGACGCCGAGUACGUGGAAUGUUUGUACACGACCGCCUCAAAGAGUUCUGUUGUGCUCAAGCGAGAUCCAAAAGACUGCUGGGUGAACAACUACAACCGCCAUUUGCUUCUUGCCUGGGAUGCCAACUUGGACAUCCAGUACAUUCUGAAUGCCUUUUCGUGCAUCUCAUACAUCUGCAGCUACAUCAGCAAAGCUGAACACGGUCUGAGUCAAUACCUGAAGUCUGUUAUUGAAAACUCACGCAAUGAAAAUGUCAAUGAGAGCGAUGAAAUGAAACAAAUCAUGCAAGCGUACUCAAAGAAAAGAGAAGUGAGUGCUCAGGAGUGUGUCGCACGCGCGUGCGGCUUGCAUAUGAAACAGUCCUCUCGCAGUGUGGUAUUUGUACAAACGAGUGACAAUCCGCUGAAAAUGAGUUAUCCUCUCUCGCUCCUUGAGGGCAAAACGCAGGAGUCUCAUGAAGUGUGGAUGACUGGCCUGCCAGACAAAUAUAAAAGCAGACCCCAAACGAAGGACUUUGAAGUGAUGUGCUUGGCCGAUUUUGCAUCAACAUGCAGAAUUGUUUAUGGAAAACAGGUAAAAGGCAAAAAUGUUUUGCCUCUGCUGAACGACAUGGGCUUUGUCCAGAAAAGAAAAGAAAAAGCUGCGGUCAUCAAAUACUGCAAAUUCUCUGAACAAAAGAAUCCAGAGGAAUAUUACUGCUCCUUGCUCAAGCUGUACCUGCCUCAUCGUGCUAAUUGCCAGUUAAAAUCUGAACGCUGUCCCUCAUAUCAGUUGUUUCAUGAUCAUGCCUGUGUACAGUUACCAUAUAACGACUCUGUGGAGCGUGUGUGCGAAAUUGUCAACAGGAACAGAGAAAGGUAUGAGAAGCACAGUAAAGACAUUGACGAUGCCAUCCAAGAGGUGGAGGAGAGCGGGCUCGUCAUAAACGAAUGGUGCCACCUGGCUCCUGAGAGCGAGUUGCAAAGACUCGAAUGCAUUGAGGAAAACAACGCAAGAGAUGAACCAAAUGACAACGUGGAGGACAAUGUCCCGGACUAUAACGUAAGGUCAGAAACGUCUGAAAUUUCCAUUGCGACAGAAGCUGCUGCCAUCGAUCCCGCAGUGUUACGUGACAUGUAUCGGAACCUGAACCAAAAGCAAGCGUCUGUUUUCUACAAGGUCAGAGAUUGGUGCAUAAAACGUGUGUGUAGCUCAAAGCCCAUCGAGCAGUUCUUCUACCACAUCAACGGUGGCGCCGGGACCGGCAAAUCGCAUCUCAUUAAGUGUAUCCACACCGAGGCUACCAAAAUACUGCAAAGACUACCACGACUGGCUGAGGAGGCCGACAUUUCCAAACAGACGGUCGUUCUCGCAGCCUUCACUGGCACGGCGGCAUUCAACAUUUCUGGGACAACUUUGCAUUGUCUGCUCAAACUGCCGAGAAGUCUCAAACCCCCGUACCACGGCCUGGGCAAUAAACUGGACGAAGUCAGAGCCGAGCUGUCGAUCGCCCAAAUACUCAUCAUCGACGAGAUUUCCAUGGUGUCCAAAGACCUCUUUGCCUACGUGAAUGCCAGGUUGAUACAAAUCAAAGGCAUCAAUUUACCUUUUGGUGGCAUGUCUGUUCUUGCUGUUGGAGAUUUCUUUCAGCUCCCUCCCGUGAGACAGUCCAAACCGCUAUGCGUGUACGAUCCCACUCGGCUGGACCACUGGCGUGACAACUUCAAAAAGAUCACGCUCACCGCCAUCAUGAGGCAGAAAGACGAUGUUGCCUUUGCCGAACUGCUGAACCGACUCCGGGUGAAAGAAAAGUCUGAUGAACUUUCGGAACUGGACAGAGCUCUUCUUGCUACGAGGUACACUUCUCCAGAAAUGUGUCCAAGUCAUAUUCUGCAUGUUUUUGCCACCAAUAAACAGGUAGAUGGCCAUAACUCUGCGAUGCUGGAUCUGCUUCAUAAGGACAUUGUACAAAUUGAUGCAGAUGACUACAAGAAGGACAAACAAACCGGCAGAAUGGCGAGGCAAACUUUCCCUGUGCAAGGCGCUAAGAGCGAGCUCCCGGACUCGAUCAGAGUUGCCCUCGGUGCUCGUGUUAUGCUCACGCGUAAUUUUGAUGUUCAAGCAGGUCUGUGCAACGGGACGUUUGGAAAAAUUGUGGAAUUGGUCAACUAUCCGAAUGAAGCCCGCGUAAAGAAAGUUGGGUUGGAACUUGAUCAUGUGAGUAACACAGCGCGUGCCGCUAACCGUGUGUACAUUGACAGACAGGAGGAGAAGCUGAAAAAGCCUGGAGUGACGCGCCGACAGUUUCCCAUCAAGCUUGCUUUUGCCUGCACGAUCCACAAGGUACAAGGCAUGACAACGUCAGAGGCUGCUGUUUCGCUGAAAGGCGUUUUCGAACACGGCAUGGGGUACGUAGCUCUGAGUAGAGUGACCUCGCUCAGCGGUCUGCAUAUUCUGCAUAUGGACGAGAGAAGACUUCAUGCAAAUCCAGAAAUCACUGCUGCUCUUGCUGAGAUGGCAGAGGAUUCUUUGGAGAGCGUCAUGCCACUCCUUCACGUGAUGCCGUCGGUAGAUCGAGCAAAUCACCUGGUUGUCGUCCAUCAUAACACCGAAGGGCUGUCUUGUCAUGUGCAGGACAUCAGGUGCCACCACGAGCUGCACUUUGCUGAUGUUUUGUGCUUCACAGAGACACACCUUCAAGGAUCUGUGGCUGAUGGACGUGCCUGCUUGGAAGGCUUCACAAUGUUUCACAGGAACCGAAGAGAUUCUUACACAAACUGUCCUGACUUGGCAACAAAACUUGGUGGCGGCGUAGGUAUUUGUGUCAAAAGUCACAUUGCAGCCCAGGAAAAGAAAUACAUACAGGGUGUGACCGACAUUGAAUUUGUUGUGGUGAAACUUGAAGCUCCCCUCAAUGUGUUGAUUGCUGCCGUUUACAGGCCUCCAGGCAACAGUCUGCGCACUUUUCUGCCAAGCUUGGGAAAUCUCUUGCGGUACCUUGAAGUAAUGGACCAUCAUCAGAUCUUGGUUUGUGGAGAUUUUAAUGAAGAUAUGCUAUCUGCCUCAUUCAAGCCCAUUCUCGAUUUGUUUCGCUCAACAGGUUACACGCAACUCAUAACCACUGCUACCACUGACAAAAACACAUUGCUUGACUUAAUUUUUGUCUCUCGACCUCAGUGUGCUCUUCAUUCAGGUGUCUUGCAAACGUACUACAGCUAUCACAAUCCUGUUUUCUGUGUUUUGGCCACUGAAAGGUAAGUCACAGCUAAAUCAUGUGGUUCAGCAUUUGCAAAAAGGAUGGAAAUCAGAACGUGAACGUUGUCGUAAGUGUAUAAUAUUAGUGGUGGGAUGUGGUGGGUGAUUUGUUGCCUUUAGGUGAGAUGGGAUCUGGGGCGAAAGUUGCUCAAAAUGACAAAUGAAAGAAACCUGCUGGAAUAGUGGUUGGGGGUCGGUGAGGAAUCACGUUGAGUUAAGGGAAGGCAGAGGCUUAUUAAAAUUUCAAAAAGCCUUCCCUUAACUCAACUUUUUAAUUUUUAAAAAGCCUUCCCUUAACUCAACUUUUUAUUUUUAAAAAGCCUUCCCUUAACUUAACGUUUUAAUUUUUAAAAAUGUUACUUUUAUUUUUUUUAAAUUUUAACUUUUAAAACUUUUACCUUUUUACAUUUUUAAAUUAACUUAUGGUUGAGAGGAGACUUUUUAACUUUUUAAACCUUUAUUUUACAAUCAAAUUUUAACCUUUUAAACCUUUAUUUUACAAUCAAAUUUUAACCUUUUAAAACUUUAUUUUACAAUCAAAUUUUAAAAUUUUAAACCUUUAUUUUACAAUCAAAUUUUAACCUUUUAAACCUUUAUUUUACAAUCAAAUUUUAAAGAUGAGUUAAGGGAAGGCCUUUUACAUUUUAAUUUUUUAAUUGUUUUGAACUUUUAUUUUGAAUUUUUUUGAAUGUCAUAAUCACCAGGCGAGAACAGAAAACAGAUGAGGUAAGUUGCUCGUCAUGAAACAUGUUUUUUCCUUUCUUUCUAAAGAGAGUAAAUGCUGCUAUUUCACUCCUUUGUAUUUUAACAGUUUUUAUCUGGCGAAAGCAGUUCAUCCCAGAAUGGAGGCCAGAGGUAGGCAUGACAUAUCACCUUAUUGUAAUGUAAUUAUAAAAUUGUAACAUGUUGUAAUUUAUAGUUAAGCUUGUGUAAGCCCUCUGUACAAUCAUACAUUUUCAAUCAACUUUGCUGGAUUGUCCUUUUUUCUCCACAAAGACCUUGAGCAUGCAAAAACAUUCAUCAUGGACGAAUGACUCCCAAGCAGACUCAAGGCACGCCACCCCUACAACAUGGCAGCACAAGAGAUGCUCAAUUCCAUCCCUGAAGACAUCUCCAGAGAUGCCUGGCUGGCAGCAGCUUGGAAGCAGGAGUGGGAGGCAGCUGGCCCCUCCCUCAUGCACAGUUAUGUCUGGGAACCAGGAGACGGCGCCAUAGGAGGAGACGAACUACCUCGCCAGCAGUGGACCACACUGAACCGCUUAAGAACUGGUGUUGGGCGCUUCAACAUGUCUAGUGGGGUCUGGCGGACAGUGCGGCAUGCGAGUGCGGAGCCCUCGAGCAGACAGCCGACCACACCAUCAACACCUACACCAACAUAUAGACCACCCUCAGAGGCCGGCCUCUUCGACCUGGGACCAGAGAUGCUGGCGUGGCUCCACGACACCAAGUUGGAGCGCUGACGUUACACGAGAGAGAGAGAGAGAGAGAGAGAGAGAGAGAGAGAGAGAGAGAGAGAGAGAGAGAGAGAGAGAGAGAGAGAGAGAGAGAGAGAGAGAGAGAGAGAC